CAAGCCAGAUUGCUUAGUUUUCAAAGGGUUAACAUAUAACACCUACAAACAGACUUUUAUCAGUCAGUGGAGUUAUCCUUUAGAAAUCCAAUAAUAUACAAUCAUCAGAUCUUAAGUUCGGGGUGGCUUUUUUUUUCAGAUUCCAUCAUCUGUAUGAACAGAGCAACAAGCACAAAAUCUUCUUAAAUAUUUAAUUAGUGCCAGCUGUGAGCUCUGCUGUUCUGUGAUAAAAUGGUACAAAUUCACAGAAGAAAAGCAGCCGUAUUGUGAUGUGCAGCUGGUGUGGGGGAGGUGAGCAGCAGAUAGGAGUCACUCCUCCACACUGCAGCGAGCGGAUGUCUCUUACUUUUCGUUUCUCUCCUACUUUGUCACUUUUCUCCUCUUCUCACCAGCCUCAGCAUUGUUCAACAAGUGUCAAAAUAUUAACCAGCAACUAAUCAGUUUAUAUUUUAUUAAAUGGCAUUUUAGGGCACUCAGUUUGACUUUUUAAAAUAAUAACAGCUUGGAGUUUAAAGGUUUUUUUGUGUGUUUUUAUGUCCGCGCUGUGAGGCUUCAAAGGCGGCAGCAGCAUCCGCCUGUUAUAGAUCGACAAAACUGACAAGGAAGAUUUCCAUCCUCAGCUCUGAGAGGUUGGAUCUGUUUGGACGGAAUGAUUAUUAGAGAGAAGGACCAAUGUUUGCUGAGACCCAGCAGAGGUGAGACGAGCCGAGAGGCCUGAAGAGCAAAGACGUGAUGUGAAGCGUUUGUGAAGCUGAAGAACUGCUGACCACAUACCUGCUCUGCGUGAGAGGCGAGAGACAUUAUAGGUCAGUUCAACAAGCUGAUACUUGAAAUCUCCAGGAAUGGAUUUUUCACUUGCACCCGGAAGUAGAGCUCACACAGUUGAGUGAUCGUUGCCUUUGACUACCUGAUCAAUAAGUUCCAGAGACACUACCCCGAAGACUUUUUCCACAAACAUCUUGAGGAUCAUUAGAGGCAACCAUGAAUGGUCUGGAAGAGAUGUCCAUAAAGUGCGUUCUGGUCGGGGACAGUGCCGUGGGCAAGACGGCCCUGCUUGUCCGCUUCACCUCAGAGACCUUUCCGGACACCUACAAGCCUACGAUUUUUGAGAACACAGGGGUGGAGGUGUACAUGGAUGGGGUUCAGAUCAGCCUGGGGCUGUGGGACACUGCAGGCAACGACAACUUCAGACAGAUCCGCCCGAGAUCCUACCAGCAUGCCGACAUCGUCCUCAUCUGCUACUCCGUGGCCAACCCGAACUCUCUGGCCAGCGUCCAGCAUAAGUGGAUCGCUGAGGUUCGAGAGAACUUGCCCAAGGUGCCGGUGCUUGUCGUGGCCACCCAGACGGAUCUGCGGGAGGUGGGGGUGCAUCGGGGCAGCUGCAUCUCAGCAGCAGAGGGGAGACGCGUGGCUCAUGAGGUCCACGCUAAAGGCUACCUGGAGUGCUCGUCCUUGAGUAACCGUGGCGUGCAACAAGUGUUUGAGCAUGCGGUGCGGACGGCCGUAAACCAGGCCAGGAAACAGGCCAGGAAGCGGAUGUUCAGCAUAAACCAGUGCAAGGUCUUUUGACCUUUGACUUUGACUUGGUAGGCGCCUGAGCCUUCAUGAAAUGACUUCCUUUAAGCAUCUAAGCGUGCUGUUCAAACUUAGUGAGGAGCCUGCAGAGCUACAAGAACCCAAAGUUGUAUUUCUGUUAUAUACGCAGGGUUUGUCUUCACUAACAGGGCGUCCUGGGAGUCCAAGACUUCCCUAAACUCACACCGUAUUUAAAAAUGACAACACUUGUAGUCAUGCAAAUGUACAAAAGUUCUACUUUUGUGUGAUCCUGGAAAAGAAAAUUUUUUUUUAUUCUGAUCUGUUUUUGAAGUGAACCGCAGAACAUCACGGAGGUAUUUUUAGAUAGAUAUUUCUUUUGAACAUGUAAAAGAAACAAACACAUGGCAAUAACAAAAAUGGAUGAUAACCAACACAAAAUAACUUUAUUGAUUCAAAUAAGCAACAAACAUUUUACAUGUUGGAAAAGGAGUAGGAGGAAGUAUAAACUUAUUAUUUCAUACCCUUUCUCAGCUAAUCAGUUAGUACAUUUGUGAACUUCAUCUCUAACACGUUACACUUACAUAUUUACAUGCACAUAAUUACAUACAUACGAACAUACACACACAUAUCCAAAAACAUACAUAUAUACAGUGUGUACACAUAUAUUUAUUCACGUACACGUAUAUAUGUCCCACUGAAUGUACACAUACACACAUACAUCCAUAUUUAUAUAUAUUAAACAUAAUAUGUGUACAUACAUGUGUAUGCACCUGCACACAACCCAACACACAAUAUACACUCUCAAAUAGCUGUGAACGUCUUACUUAAAUGAAAACAUCUGAAGGUUUAAAAUCAAAGGUUUCAAAGUCAAAUAAGAUAAAAGUUUUACCCUCAUGCUCCUAAAACAUAAUUAAUAUGAAUUCGGUAAAUAAUGAUGAGAGCAACUGGGUCCAUUUUUGGUGCAUUGGGCUCUAUUUAUUGCAUUUUCAUUAUUAUUUCUCCAGAGUGUUUAAGACUUUAUUAGACGUGAACUGGGAAUAAACAGUCAAUAUGUCAAAGCAGGAUAUAUGUUUCUGGAGGUUAUAUGUUGAUUUUAUAUAAAUCUGCAAAUUCUUUUUUUUUUUUUUAAAAAAAAAAAAAAGCAUGUUUGUAUUGUUUGAAAUGGUUACUCGGACAUCAGUUGUAUUGAAACGAAAUCUGCAUUAUAGUUGGUAUGUAUCAGUCCUUAAAAAAGAAAACCUAAAAUGUUUGUAUUGAUAUACAAAAUAUAAUUAAGGUAUUUUUUACUGGUAGAGGAUCUAAAAUCAAAAAGAAAAAAUCUGCCAUUAAAAAGUGGGACAUGAAACAUCAACAUUAUUUAAAAUUUUGACACCUCACAUUUUUCUGAAACCAUAUGCCACGAGGCUCUAUUUUUGUGUAAACUGUAUUUUUUAUUUAUUUAACAGUAUACCUCCUUUUAGAAAGUACCUGAAAAAUAUUAAGACAAUACUGUCGAUGUAUCUUGCAAACUAUCCCUAAAUUCAAUUUAAGGAUUUAACAUAUUGAAACUAUUUUUUCAAUAUAUAUUUUUUUUAAUUUAUAUCUGUACAGUUUCACCUGUGGUGAAUGAAAACCUGUGAAAAUCAUCUUAUAAUCUACAAGUGUUUGAAAUAUAAUAAUUUUGCCAAAUAA